AUGAGCGAUCACCAGAAUAUUCCCGUUGAGGCUGCAGGUGCCAGUGACAGUCACGCACCGAAUCAACCCUACACGACCGACACGCCGCCGCCUGUCGCAAGCACUGGCAUGGAUGCUGCAACGUUAAGAGCAUAUUCAGCUCUUGAGACUCCAUCCCAGUCCUCGACUUCUACACCCUCGACUCCUAUGAUUCCAGGCCUCGGUUAUGUUAACGGUCACAAUGAUCAGUCCACUGAGCAACCAGCACAGCCCACUAUGUCGAUCACCGCCGAGCAAGAGUCAGACGCCUCUGCCUUUAAGGAGGCGACAGCCGAACCCUUGGUGACAAUGGAGGAAACCACCGAUGCUAUAGAUAAUGGUGCUAGCGAGACUCUUGCCCAGCCGCAGCAACAGGAGGGAGCCCAUGACGAGGCGAUGGAGGUUGAUCAGAUCCCCGAGCUCAGCGGCACAGAGAAUGCAAACGGAACCUCAGAAGGUCAGAUGGAAGAUGCGCCAGCAGAGGGAGAGGAAGAGCACCCUGAAUGGGAGGUUGACUCUUCCCCCUAUGAGUCGUCUUCAGACAGCUCUUCCGAUUCCGAUGACAGCGACGACGAAGAUUACCCGAUCCUCACCCCCGAAGAACAGGCCCGGAUUCUGAUGAUGGCUGAAGGUGGCUCUGACGAUGAAGGCGAUGGAAAGGGCAAAUCCGGUGGCUAUAUUCGUUCCACCAACGAGGUUGCGGAGGACGUCUUGCCUGUCCCGGAUGUCACGAUCACCCCCGAGAUGAACAUCGUCUACCUGGGCAAAGUACAAGCAGCUAUUGACAAUGCCGUUCUUGUCGAGGCCAAUACCUCUGGAGAAUACCAAGUCCUUGAAUCGGGCUCCCUUCUGUGUUCAGAGGAUCGCAAGAUCAUGGGUGUUGUGUCGGAAACUCUGGGCCGAGUUGAGCACCCGCUGUACACCGUGAUGUUCUCAACUGCCGCAGAAGUCCAAGAAAAAGGCUUGGUGAGGGAUAUGCCCAUCUACUACGUCGAGGGACACUCUACCUUCGUCUUUACCCAACCGCUUAAGGGUUUGAAGGGUAGUGAUGCGUCGAACUUCCACGACGAGGAGGUCGCCGAGGAUGAGAUGGAGUUCUCGGAUGAUGAGGCCGAGGCCGAUUACAAGCGGCAGCUGAAGCAAAAGCGCCAGGAGAGAAAGGAAGCCAGGGAUGGUGGAAAGCCUAAGAGAGGACCCCCCGGACCCUCGAAGUUGGGCCAGUCAGAACUUAACUACGAUGAGGGAGGUGAAGAAGGAUACACACCUCUUGCUCGCCCGAAGAACCUCCACGAGAUGAUGGGUACCCAAGAAGCACCAGUUGAGGGCAGUGGGUCUGGUUUCCGUGGAGGCAGAGGCCGUGGCAGAGGCACUGACCGCGGCGGCCGGGGAGGUCGUGGUAGAGGUGGUGCUGGAAGAGGCGGAUCUCGGGAGCAAGACCAGGACCGUCGGCCUCAACAACAGAGCGGAGGCUCCUCUUACGGUCAGCCCGCACAAGCUCCUCAGCACCAACAGGCCCCCUACAGCCAACCGGCGUACCCUCAACAGCAACAGUACCCCCAGCAGCAACAGCCUGCUUAUGGCAUGCCCCAGCCUUUCGCUGGGUAUCAGCAAUUUGCUCAGCAAUACGCACAGCAGUACGCGGCCCAGCAGCAAGCACAAGCCCCUCAAGGCGCACCGCCUACACAAUUCCCCUUCCAAUUCCCCUUCGCACAAGCUUUCCCUCAGCCGAAUCCUUUCCAGCCUGGAAUUCCUGCGCAGGCACACAUCAACCCUCUCUUCUUGGCUGCUUUGCAACAGCAGCAGCAGCAGCAACAACAAUACCAGCAGCAGCAGCAGCAACCGCAACAAUACCAGCAGCCCCAGCAAGCUCCUGCACAGGGUCAACAGCAAAACCCAGCUAUGAACUUUGACCAGGUCAAGGCUCAGUUGGAUAUUUUGCGUAACUUGAACAACGGUCACCAGGGGCCUCCCCCUUCUUGA